AUGGCGUUCUCCGAUCUCUUGGAGCAAGUGGGGGGCGAGGGCCUCUUCCAGGCCCUGCAGGUCUUCACGCUCCUCCUCGUCUCCGUCCUCCUGCCGUCCCAGCUGCUCCUGGAUAACUUCUCGGCUGCAGUCCCCAGCCACCGCUGCUGGGUCCACGUGCUGGACAACAGCUCUGAGGCCCCCGCGAACCUCACCCCCGAGGCCCUCCUGACGGUCUCCAUCCCACUGGGCCCCAACCACAGGCCCCACCAGUGUCGCCGCUUCUGCCAACCGCAGUGGCAGCUCCUGGACCCCAACGCCACGGCCACCAACUGGAGCGAGGCCGCCACGGAGCCGUGUGUGGACGGCUGGGUCUACGACCUCAGCACCUUCACCUCCACCAUCGUGGCCGAGUGGGACCUGGUGUGCGACAACCAGGGCCUGAAGCCCCUGGGCCAGUCCAUCUUCAUGACAGGGGUUCUGGUGGGGUCCUUCUCCUGGGGGCUCCUCUCCUACUGGUUGGGGCGGAAGCCGAUCUUCCGCUGGUGCAGUCUGCAGAUGGCCGUGGCCAGCACCAGUACCAUCUUUGCCCCCAAUUUCCUCGUCUACUGUGGCCUCCGAUUUCUGAGUGCUUUGGGGUUGGCCGGCAUCAUCCUGACCUCAGUGACACUCAUGGUGGAGUGGACCACUACGCGCAGGAGAGCUCUCACCAUGACAAUGCUGGGGUGCACCUACAGCUUGGGCCAGGUGGCCCUGGGUGGCCUGGCCUUCUUCCUGCGGGACUGGCGAACCCUCCAUCUGGUCGUGUCGACACCCGUCUUUGCCACCUUCCUGAUAUCCUGGUGGCUGCCAGAGUCUGCCCGAUGGCUGAUUAUUACAGGCAAACCAAACCAAGCACUUCAGGAACUCAAAAAGGUGGCCAGGAUAAAUGGCCACACGGAAGCCAAAAAGACACUGAGCAUAGAGGUGCUGAUGUCCAGCAUGGAGGAGGAAAUGGCCUCUGUGAAGGCCCACCAGUCGGUCCUGGAUCUGUUCCGCGUGCCUGUGCUCCGCUGGAGAAGCUUGAGUCUAUUCAUGGUGGACUUCGCCUUGAUGUUCUCCUAUUACGGGCUGGUCCUCGACCUGCAGAACCUGGGGAGUGACGUCUUCCUCCUCCAGGUCCUCUUCGGAGCCGUGGACUUCCUGGGCCGGAGCACCAACACCUUCUUUCUCAGGUUCUUCGGCCGCCGCGUGAUCCUGGCCAGCUUCCAGGCCGUGGCCGGCCUGUCCAUCCUGGCCAACGUGCUGGUCCCACGAGAUUUGCAGACCCUGCGUGUGGUCUUCGCCGUGCUGGGAAAGGGAUGUUUUGGCGUAAGCUUAACGUGCUUCACCGUCUACAAUCCUGAGCUCUUCCCAACUCCGCUGCGGAUGACAGCAAAUGGCUUCCUGCAGUCAGCAGGUCGGCUGGGGGCUGUGGUUGGCCCCCUGAUCAUGAUGACCCGCCAGGCCCUGCCCCUGCUGCCCCCCAUCUCCUACGGUGUUAUCCCCAUCGUUUCCAGCCUCAUCGUGCUCUUUCUCCCAGAGACCCGGGGCCUUCCACUCCCUGACACCAUCCAGGACCUGGAGAGCCAGAGAUCAGCAGCAGCCAGGGGCAAGCGGCCAGAGGAGAUCAUCAGAGAAAGCACCUUGUUCUAG